AUGAGUAAAGGUGGUGCUGUACGCCAAAUCCCUGAAAACUGCUCCCUCCCUUUCUGCUCCACUGUUGCCAACCACGUACACCUUCCCCACCCCACACUGCUUCCGAAGGCCUCCUCAGAUCAGCACAACCUCCCCCUACCCCCACGUCCUCCCUCCCUCGCAAGGGACGGAGGAUGCACGGUCCCUUUAAGGGGGGAGGCGGGGACCUACUGGGAGACACCCACUUGGCCCAGAUCCCGGGAGGGAAAAGGAGAGGGGGGAGUGACAGAACGGGGCGGGGCGGGGCGGGGCGGGGCGGGGCAGAGAGGUGGCCCCUGCCUCUCCAGCUUGCUCGCCCUGACCCCGCGGGGCUGCACCAUGGUCUGGCAGCUGGCGGCAGUCGCAGGCAGGAGGGCAGUCGGGCUCCGAUUCCGCCUGGGGCCUCUUCUAGGCAGCCCCUUCGGACCCGCUGGCCCCUCGGCCCCGCGCCUUCUGCUCCUGCUCGGGCCUAGCCCCAUGCACGCACAGAUAAGCUUCCUUGGAACAGGAGGCAGUGGCGGCGGCAGCCCCAGCAGCAGCAGUAGCAGCAGCCCCAGCGGUAGUCCUGGUAGCAGCAGCAGCAGCAGCCUCGUCGAUAGCAGCAGCUCGGGCAGCGCCGGCGCCCAGGACCCAAAGAAAACAGAGAGAGCACUCACAGACUCCAGUGUUGUGGAUGAGAGCAAACAAAGCAAACGCCAGCAGCUGAAAAAGGUUUUUAAAGAAUAUGGAGCCGUGGCUGUUUCGUUGCAUAUUGGGAUCUCAUUAAUAUCUUUGGGAAUAUUCUACUUGGUUGUUUCAAGUGGUGUGGAUGUAUCUUCCUUUCUCUUCAAACUCGGGUUUGCAGAAUCGUUCCACAGCUCUAAGAUUGUCGCUGGUACUAGUACAUUUGUGAUGGCCUAUGCUAUUCACAAACUGUUUGCCCCAGUAAGAAUUAGCAUCACGUUGUUUUCUCUGCCGCUAGUUGUGAGAUACUUUCGGAAGGUGGGUUUUUUUAAGGCUCCAGGGAGCAAGCCUUGAUUCAUAAACACAGCAUAUAAACUUGUCUCUUAAGUCUUAAGCAUUUUGGAGAGAGAGAGAGAGAGAGAGAGACUGUGUGUGUGUGUGUGUGUGUGUGUGUGUGUGUGUGUGUGUGUGUGUAAAUCAUUCAUUACCAUCUCUGGUUUUAAGCAGUCGUACUUGAAAAACAAAUCUCCACUUGACAUUAACUACUAUGAGUUUGGUAUAAAAGAAACACACAUACCCAAAGACUGCCAGACUAGGAUUCAAUAGCAUAACUGAGUUGAGUACCCAGUUUGUGACCUAGAUAGAACAAGUCACUUUCUCUGGCCUCUUUUCCCUAUCAGUAAAAAGAGGUGGUUGGACUCGAUGAUCUCUGAGCUCCUCUCUGAUUCUUACAUUGUGAUGGAGUGAAUGUCUGUACCUUCUAUAAUGUCAGCAGAACUUAAAGAAACCGACUGAUCCUCAAAUAGAAUCACCAGGUAACUCAGUGAGAGGAGAUUGAUGAGUCUGCAAAAGCCUGAGGUAGGUUGGAAAGAAAUAGGAGGGGGCCGCUGCUCUCUGAGUGAGUUCAUAAAAACCAGUGAUUGAAGCUUACUUUUAGAAAUUCUGUCUUGUCUGAUACUUGGCAGACUGCCUAUGGCUAAAUGUGGAAUAUUAUUUCUGCAGAAUAGCUACGUUUCUAUGAUUAAUGACAGCAGAUUUGAGGCUUGACCGCAUAUAAUCAGGAUCCAAAUUAGCCCUCACACUUUGGUGACACUCAUUAGUUUUGUUUUGGAACGUUUAAAAAAUAGUUCCUGGUAAUGUUUGCACUGACUUCCAAUAGAGCACCUUGGAAUGUAAACAUUUCAGAAUGCAGCAUUACUUUCAUUAAGUUUUUCAGUGGAUCGAGGCCCAGCUGCUGUUGUGUUUCUUUAUUCAGGUAAACUUCGAAGCAUUUUUUCAGUCGUCUUCGUGGCAAUACAGGGCCAUUGAGCAUCAUUUAUAGAAAUCCUGAAAAUGACGGGAUGAUAAACCUAUCUGAUUUUACCUGGAAUUGAACUUAUAGCAAUACCGAGUCAUGUGUCCCAGGGGCCUUUCCACAUUAAUAGAUGACGAGAAAAAACAAACUCACAAAGUAGUAAAUGAGAAUUUGACCCUGACGUUUGUUUUAAGUGCUCUUGUCAACAUAUAGUUAAGUUACCACUUUGCAGCUAGGUGGUACGUUGGGUCAGCAUUGAACUUCAAAUCCUGCCUUAGACACUUAGCCAUAUGACCCUGAGUG